CCCCCCGAGAGAUGUCUAAGUCCUCUGUAUUCCCAGGACUGUCCAGAGGAGAAGCUCCCAGAGAACCAUCAGAUGACAAAUCACGGGGAAAAUGUGACUGAUAUUAAAGUGGAGAAUGAAGAAGAGCAGAUGAUGGGCGAUCCCCCGUGUAAGAGUGAGGUGGAGGAGGACAUUCCAGUCCAUGAGACCACAGGAAAUUCCAGUGAGAACUCUGAGGGAAAUAUCAUGUCAUCACUAAAUUAUAAAGUAGAAGAUGAAGAUAUGAUGAAGCACUAUUCAGGAGAAAACCUCAUUACCUUUAACUUAUAUCCAGGCCCUCACAGUACAGAUCUACAAUAUAAUCUCUCUAAUCACGAAGAACCUUCUCCUGACCAGUCACAGAUCGCUUCCACAAGCACCGGUCAGAAAGGGGAUAAAAGGUAUCAAUGUGGGGAAUGUGGAAAACUGUUUGCAAAAAGUUCAGGUCUUUUUACGCACAAAAGAAUUCACACAGGAGAAAAGCCAUAUUGCUGUUCAGAAUGUGGAAAAUGUUUUACUCAGAAAUCGGGUCUUGAUCAACAUGAGAGAAUUCACACAGGGGAGAAGCCAUAUUCCUGUUCAGAAUGUGGGAAAUCCUUUACGCAUAAAACUGGCCUUGAUCAACAUGAAAGAAGUCACACAGGGGAGAAACCAUUUACGUGUUCAGAGUGUGGAAAAUGUUUUACUUCAAAAUCAAAUCUUGAAAGACAUGAAAGAAUUCAUACAGGAGAGAUGUUAUUUCCAUGUUCUGAAUGUGGGAAAUGUUUUUUGGUGAAAUCGAGUCUAGUAAUACACGAGAGAACUCACACAGGAGAUAGACCCUUUCCAUGUUCACUAUGUGGAAAAUGUUUUGCAAAUAAAUCACAUGUUGUUGCACAUGAGAGAAGUCACACAGGAGAGAAACCGUAUUCAUGUUCAGAAUGUGGGGAAUGUUUUACACACAAAUCACAUCUUGUUAGACACGAGAGAAGCCACACAGGAGAGAAGCCAUAUUCGUGUUCAGAAUGUGGGAAAUGUUUUACACGAAAAUCAAGUCUUGUUAUACAUGACAGAAGUCACACAGGAGAGAAGCCUUAUUCAUGUUCAGAAUGCGGGGAAGGUUUUACACAUAAAUCACAUCUUGUUAGACAUAAAAGAAUUCACACAGGGGAAAGGCCGUAUUCAUGUUCAGAAUGUGGGAGAUGUUUUACUCAUAAAUCACAUCUUAUUAUACAUGAAAGAAUUCACACAGGAGAGAAACCAUUUGCAUGUACAUUAUGUGGAAAAUGUUUUACAAAUAAAACUAAUCUUGUUAUUCAUGUGAGAAUUCACACAGGGGAGAAGCCGUAUUCAUGUUCAGAAUGUGGAAAGCGUUUUACACAUAAAUCACAUCUUGUUAUGCAUGAGAGAAUUCACACAGGAGAGAAGCCGUAUUCAUGUUCAGAAUGUGGGAAAUGUUUUACAUAUAAAUCACACCUUGUUACACAUGAGAGAAUUCACACAGGAGUGAAGCCAUUUUCAUGUUUGAAGUGUGACAAAUCUUUUAUUACUAAAGCUAAACUUGGGGAUCAUCAGAGAAUUCACACAGGGGAGAAACCAUAUCCAUGUUUAGAAUGUGGAAAAUCUUAUAUUACUAAAGCAAAACUUGUAGAACAUCACAGAAUUCACACAGGGGAUACAGGGAAUAAACCAUGUUGAUCUAUGUUUGGAAAUUGAUUUACAAAAAAAUCAUCAGAUUUUGAAAUUCAGCAGAGACUUCAAAGAGAGAAGAAAACCUAUUCUUUGUAUUGUGGGGAAUGCUAUAAGAGCAGCAGCAACAACAAAAAUACUUGCAUCACAUCCUGUUAUUCUCUGACAUUAACCAAAUGUUGGGGUAGAAUUGGCCUGGAUCUGUGAAAUGCACAAAUUUUAAUUUACCUGAGGCCAACUGCACCUAGUUCCUAAGGGUCUGGGAUCAUACCUGCUGCCCAUGUCAAGGAUGACUAGAUACAGAGAAGCUUUAACAUAUCAUUAUGAGAAUUGUUAUGAAACUUUUAAUAUUUCUGAAUCUCUCACACAUAUGUAACACCUGUACUGGGGGGAUAUUACUGGAUAUUACUAGGGUGAUGGCGCUUUAAGGAAAUCUUCCUGCUGUAUGUAGAUCCAAAUGUAUAAAGUGCUAUAAAUAAU